CUCCACAGCGACCCACCCAGCGGCACAGCAGUACUGCGGUGGUCCUGACCAGUGACCGAUUGUUUCGCUAGAUCAGUUUUAUCUUUGGUGGAUUUUAAACGGGGACACGAGCGAGUGCCCCGUUCUCCCUGUAUAUUCCAUUCCAACUUGUGAAAAUAUAACAACGCGCCCGCUGCUACGCGAUAAUUCGAAAAACCGGGCGAGAAAGUGUGGUUUGUUCUGGGAAAUGAAGGGGAUGUUGCUGCCCGUUCUGGGCGUUCUGCUCGUAUGCCGGGCACAGGCAGUUUCCGAGAGACUGGAGCUUGCACCUGCCGGUGGGAGAUCCGAACCUCAGGUUGCCACCCUCUGCGAAGCCGGAGAAGUCUACCUCGCACAGCACAUGGGCGAGCAGGGCCGAUGGGUGUCGUCGACGGAUAAGAAGAGCUGCAUGACGGACAAACUGGAGAUCCUUGAGUACUGUAAGAAGGCUUAUCCGAAGAGGGACAUCACGAACAUCGUGGAAUCCUCUCAUUACGUGAGGGUCAACGGAUGGUGCAAACCAGGACGGACCAAGUGCAAGCUGUCCCGUUGGGUCAAGCCCUACAGAUGUCUUGAAGGUCCUUUCCAGAGCGACGCCCUUCUGGUGCCCGAGGGAUGUCUCUUCGAUCAUCUACAUAAUCAGACCAAGUGCUGGGAAUCGCUCAGCUGGAACGUCACUGCCGCAGCAACUUGUCGGGAACGCAACAUGAAGCUGCGGAGUUUCGCCAUGUUACUGCCUUGCGGAAUAUCUCUAUUCUCUGGGGUGGAAUUCGUGUGUUGUCCAAAACACUCGAAAGAAAACGUAAAACCAAAGAAACCUGUUGACUUGCUGAUCCCUAAGGGAGUCGACGAUGACAUGGACGAGGAUGAGGAUGAUCUCGAUGAUGAAGAUGAUCCUGAUACGGAUGCCGACGAUGACGAUGACUCCGAUGGAGAUUUAGAGGAUGUUCUCAGUGAUCAACCAGACGACGAAGAGAGCGACGAGGAGUAUCUGGAUGAUUACGACACCACCACGAGUCGACCAUCAACGACCGUUUCUACGACAGAAAAAUCGAGACAGGAAGUUACGGCUAUGCCACUUCCUGUUAGUUCCAGUACCCAACAGCCUUCUCAACCACAGGGCACACCUGAUCCUUACCUCACACACUUUGACCCGAGAAUGGAACACCAGAGUUACAAACAAGCUCAGACGAGGCUCGAGGAAGUUCACAAAGAGAUGGUUACUAAGGUGAUGAAGGAUUGGAGUGAUCUCGAGGAAAAGUAUCAAGACAUCAGGGCGGAUAAUUCCGUUGCUGCGGAUGCUUACAAACGGUGGAUGACAGCCAGGUUCCAGAAAACGGUUGCUGCUCUUGAGGCAAGUGGAGCUGCUGAGAAACGCCAGUUGAGUGCCAUGCAUCAGCAACGAGUUCAAGAAGUCGUAAAGCAGAGGAACGAGGAGGCUAUGUCUUGCUACACGACCGCUUUGAACGAGACUCCACCAAACACUCAUCGGAUUCAGAAGUGUCUCCAGAAGCUGUUAAGGGCUCUGCACAAGGACAGACACCACACUAUUGCACACUACAGGCAUCUCCUGGACAGCAGCUUGGAACAGGCACUACGUGAAAAGCCGGCAACAUUGGACCAUUUGGCGGAAAUUAACAGGAUUACUAAUCAAAGUCUACUAAUGUUGGAACGGUAUCCUGAAUUGAGUGCCAAGAUCGGUCGACUGAUGGAAGACUACGUCCAGGCCCUCAGGAGCAAAGACGAGAUCCCGGGACUGAUGUUGGCGAUGACACCGGAGGCGGAGGCUGCCAUUCUUGACAAGUACCAAGCUGACGUGGCCAGUAAGCAGCAAGAGAAGGAGCACCAGAAGCAGCUGGAGCGAGAGCGCAAGGAGCAACGUAAGGCGGAACGUGGGGAGCUGCGCACUGAACAACAGCAGCACGAAGAUGGAAAUCCGGUUGUGGAGAAAAAGGACGUUCCCCAGCAGUCUGAGCAGCCCGCAGUAGCCGUGGCAGCGAUGCACAACGAAGGAGUCAUCAGAGCAGCUUAUAGUAUGACCCACGACGUAUCUCAUUCCGAGCCGGGCUACUCAGUCAGACGAGAAGUCUAUCACAGGGAGAGUCGCUCGGUGUACUUCACCCUGGCUUUCGCUGGGAUCGCCUUGAUGGCAGCUGCGAUUGUAGGAGUAGCUGUGUUCAAAAGACGCAGUGCAAGGAGCCCCCACAGCCAGGGUUUCAUCGAGGUGGAUCAGGCGGCUACGCCCGAGGAGCGACACGUGGUCAACAUGCAGAUCAAUGGCUACGAGAAUCCAACCUACAAAUACUUCGAGGUCAAGGAAUAACUCCAUCCAUCAAUUUUCGUUUCGUAGAACCUCGGUUCAAUAAGCCUGGUCUCGCGUUCUUUUAAGUCAAGCGUUUCCUACGAGAUAAUCGGCGUUUCGUUUAUACUCAUCAUUAAGGUGAAUUAAUUAAUCAACGGCGGUACUUCCGAGGAAUAUUCGCGAACUCAACGAGAUGAUCAGAGAUAAGCCUCGCCCUCGAUUCCCGCUACAGGAACAGGAUGCGAAAGGGAUUCUCUCGUAACCAGGUGCCAUAAUGCAUAAUCGUCGUGUAACAUCAUCUUUGGGAGUACCUAUUCUAUACUUUUCCUUUUCUAAGUAUUAUAAUAUUAUUUAGUUAACGAGAGUACAGGAUUAGAAAAUCCUGUCGAGUCACAGAGAUCCGAGGAUGGUCUCUACUUCCACCAGGAAAUAAAUAGUCCCUUCUCCGCCGGUCACGCAGGUUUCACCUGACUCUGUACUCUCGAGCUCUGAUAUUGUUACGGGAAAUGAGUGUACUACCCCGCGACGGCAGCGGAAGUGGCAGCUUUAAACUAAGGAGAGCACAUAAAUAAGGAUAACAAAAGGAAAAAAAUAAAAAAGGCGCGAGAAGGAAGAGAAGGUUACGACACUCAUUAAAUAUCAGAACGUCCGUCGCAUAGGUAUUUAUAAUAAGUGAAUAAUUGCUAGCACGACGUAUGCUAAACUAUAAAAAUCUUCGUUCGAUUUCCACUGCCUGUCCUUUCGUUUAUUAAUCUCGGUACUUAAAGUUUGCUUGUGGUUAGGCUAAACGCGUUUAAAAGACGAAAGAGGCAGACGAACGAAGUGAAAAAAAAUCUCAAGUAAUAAAAGGAAGGAAUAAAAAAUGAGAAAACGUAGCAAGAAAAUCUCAUUGCUCGGUGAUGGAUUGGAAAAUUAAGGCAAGAAAAAAAAUGCAGUGACAAGCGAGGAGGAAGAAUCUCGUAUCUGACGGAUCCACGUUGCACCAGAAGGACUUUGCGAUGGACGUGUGUGUGUGUGUGAGAGAGAGAGAGAGAGAGAGAGAGAGAGAGAGAAGAGGACGAGGAGAGUAAUGGGCGGAGAGGGGAAGGACGAAGUUUAAAAAUGGUAUAGGUAGAAUAUUCUGUCAUUCCAAACCCGGUAGUUUCACUAUUUUCGAAGGUGUUGUCAAAAAAGGCAAGUAAAGCAAGGAAAAUGUUCGUGAGCUUCGUUCGACUUUGCCGAUGCAGUAAUUUCGUUAUCUCGCUCGUUUGACUGAAGCAGUGAAAGUCGGGACGGAAGAAACGGUCGAAAGAAGUCACGCCGAGGCUCGCGAAUAAGAGGAACAGUAUAAAAAGAAGAUGGCGAAGAACGUUAUAACUGUACGUGGAAUCCAGCGAUACCUCCGAAAUACGUUUAGCGAACAAGAGAAAAAAGAGAAAGAAAAAAGAAAGACAUAAAAAAGCAUACAAGAAAAAGAUGUACUUGACAUCCGUGCGUUAUCGGAGAGGCAAGGCUUCUUCUCAUUCUCUCGUAAUCAAUUUUUUUUAAUCCCCUCCCCCAACACUUGGCCUCCUCGACAACCGAGUCCCUUUAAUUCAUUUCCUUUUGGAAAAAAAAUCGUUCAUACAAUAACUAUCUUAGGAUAUUAAUUAAUUAUAUACGAUGACGAUGAUAAUGAGGGCGGCGAUGAUAAUAUAUUACACGUUUAAUGCUUAUAUAUUUGUAUAUGAUCAAACGAUAGUGGCAUGCGCUUUUUGGCCAGGGUCGCGCGAACACGGCAUCCACGUUAUUGAUAACUAACGAAUUUUUACUUUCUUUUUCGUCAUCCUCAUUUCCGCGAUAAAGGGCAAUGACGAUUGUUCGCUUUUCAUCAACAAUCAUUGAACAUUACUCGUCUAGAAUAAUUGAUGCAAUAAAACAGCCCGUUUCCACGUGCACGAGAGAUAUGUUGUUACUCUUGUUUUUUUUUUCUUUGCUUCUCUGUCGUCUCCAUGAUUAUUUUUUGAAUUCACGAGAAAGAAAGUCUGCGGCGACUAGGGUAGGGAUACCGAUGGGAUUUCACCAGAGAGAUUCCUGACGUACCGUACGUCUGCACAGGCUUCCUAAGAUAUUUUGCCAGAUUCCGUUUCCUUUUCUUUUUCUUUUUUCUUACCGUUCUUGGAAAUUCGCGCAACUCCGGCGAAACAGCGAGCCGUGCAAAAUACACACACGGCACGUACUCGAGAGAUAAUUUUGACGCAGCACGGGAGAUUAGACGGUCAAUGCAAGAUCGUGAUAAACACAAUCAGGAGGUGGGUGACGUAAGGAAGUAAGGAAAGCUGCUUCCUGGACUCAUCGAUUCUAAUUAUUCUCGUACACCUACACCACGUAUACGUAUCCCAGUACGUGCAGUACACGAGACACACACAAGCGCUAAAUGUUAAAAAUAUUAUUUUAGAUAUAUUAAGACGAUAGCAAUUACCACGUGAGUGUACUAAUGACGAUGAAAUACAACAAAAUAGCAUCAAUACAUUAACAAUAAUGAUUCGUAUAUAUAUUAUAUAUUGAUAUAUAUAUAUAUAUGAAAUUAAUUAUAUAUUAAUUAUGUACCUAUAGCGUAUAGCCGUUAAAAACAACAUUGACAUGUCGCAUGUAAAACUGGGUUCGCACCUGACUCGCGGUUUACGGAGAACUCAGGAGAAAAAGGAAAAAAAAGUACAAGAUGGGGAAAAAUGGAAGUAAAAUGUGAAAAUCUAAAAAUCCUCCCCUUUUAUCAAGGUCAGAGCGACUCGUGCGUUGAUGCCACUUCGUGUCGUCCAUGACUCCCAAGAGACCCAACCUAACUUAACGUGACCUACACUCGGGCUAUUCGAAUUUAUGCGUCACUUAUUCGAAAGUCAGCAGCGUAAAAUAUGUUAACCCGGCGUCGCUGCCGUUGAUAAUACGAUUGAUUGGAUUAUUUGUUCCUGCUGGCACCGCUUAGUGCGCUGUAUGUCAUCUGUUACGAGGGUGCCGAUUAGCUUGAGCAGCAAAUGUUGGCAUCGAUGGAGUCAUUUGCUCCAGUAGGAUUUUCUACGACUGAAGUGUAGAUGAUUAUUGGGGGCAAGGCAGGCGUGAGGCGGGUACAGUCGCUGUAUUUAUUUGACAAGGAGGUUGAUCGACAAAUUACAAGAUUAUAGAAAUAAAUCAGUAUUAGCGACGGUGAUGGCAUAUCAGUUUAAACGAGCCAAAUUAUAUUGGAGGAUGAGCAGCUGCGCCUUUCCUGACAGCCGCGAGUCAGCUGCGUUUUCCACACCUGUAUAAGUUUAAGAAUUGAUUUUUGUAAAGAGGUAGUAAGUGUAUAUAUAUAUAUAUACACGAAUAUACAUAUGUGUGUAUACAUAUAUAUAUAUUGAAAUAAUUAACUUAGCUUAAAAGCCACGUGAGAUGUGAAGAUAUAUACGUCCUUUGGUAAAAGUCCAGGCUGGAAGAAAUAAGAAUAUUGAGAGAGAGCGAGUGUAAUUGGAGUGAAAAGAGAGGAGAAAGAUGAGAAGAGAAAGCAGAAAAUAAUAAGGGAUUGAAGAGAUACGAAGAAAAAAGAUAACGAAAUGGGUGUGCGUAAGAAAAAAAGAAUAAGAUAAAUAAGGAUAAUUGAACUAGACUUUAUUUUUACAGUUUUUUCGGUGUCUCGAAUUCCCCCUCGAAUAAUCUCAUCUCUAAUAGGGAAAUCUGUCCGAAUUCACAUACUUCCUUUGGCGGUUCACACUCUCUGCUAGAUAGAGAAAAUCUUUAAUUUCUCCGAAUCUUUUUUGAAUCUUGAAACUUAUUCUUCACCGUAAUGAAGUCCUGCCACUUUAUUAUUAUAAGUCACAACUCCUUUUCACGAUAACUACCCGUUUUCGAUUCCGCUGAUUGAACAAAAUUGCACGAUCGCUAUUCGCUUCUAUUGUUAUUGAUACGAAGUUGCACGAAUUGCACGUAAACAACAGAAAGAUGACGAAAGACACAGAGACAAAUGAUGAUUCACUAAAAAUAACAAUAUUGUUUAAGUCUGUUAGAAAUUUUGAGCGAGGCCGUUAGAGUUUGUGCGAUUGCAAAGAGUAUCGUUGGAUAUUUAAAAUGUUAAAUGAAACUCCUGGCAAUUUAAUACCAAUUCAUGCAGCCUCCUCGCUCGAAAAGAACGUUAUUGAUUCCUAACAAUCUUGUGACGGCACAAUAUUACUAAUUGAUAUUAGGACUCGGACAAUGAGAAUAUAGUCGCGUAGUAUUAUUAUUAUUGGAAUAAUAACAGUAACAAUCAGAAUUUAUUGAAUUUCUCUUAUCGCAAUAUGACCUCAUAGUAGCGCUCUACGUACGUCCAUGAAUACGUAUAGGCAUUUUUGUCCGGGUCCCGGUGAAAGCGUAAUCAGCGUGUAUUCAGAUACUUAUUUUUUAGCUUCGCAAUAAUAGGGACCUACGAAGAGAGAAAUAAAAAAUUCAAGUAAAAUGGUACCGUCGCAACGCUCUGGUCUUAUAAAGUCUGAUAAUUCAUCAUCCAAUCCUUUCGAUGAUGAUCAUUCAAUGAGGCGAAUCGGGACUCUUGUUGAAUCGCCAUGGAAUUAUGUCUUUAUCAUUUGGACUGACACGAGUUAUCAGACAUUCCUAAGGCUCCCAUUUGUAAUAACCUAAUAACGUUCCCACGACGAUUGCUUUGCCUGGGCAUUUGUAAAACUCUGCUGCUAAGAAUCAUUCGAUGAUUUACAUAUAUAAAUUCGUGGGCGAGUCUUCGGUUUGCACUACAUUCUUAACGCAUUAACACCCCAUGUCAAAGAACUAUUGUGUUUGUGGAUAUAUGUAAUUUUACUUAUCAAUAAAUAAAUCGUAAAAAUAUGCGAAGAAUA